UCUAUAUAUAUAUAUAUAUACCAUUCCCCACAACCCCACAUCUUCAUUUUCACUUCUGCAUAAGUACACACUUGAUGGGGGAUAACAAUUUCAACUUGCCACCUGGUUUUCGAUUCAAUCCUAGUGAUGAAGAGCUCGUUGUCCAUUUCCUUCAUCGAAAGGCCUCCCCUUUACCUUACCACCCUGAUAUCAUCCCUGAUCUUGACCUCCGUCCCUAUGAUCCAUGGGAACUAGAUGGCAAAGCAAUGCGUGAAGGUAACAAAUGGUACUACUACAGCAGGAGGACACAAACCAGAAUAACUGGUAGUGGAUAUUGGCAAUCUUUGGGUGUAGAUGAACCAAUAUACUCUAGUGCUGCCCAAAAAGUUGGCAUGAAGAAAUGUUAUGCAUUUUACAUGGGUGAAUCUCCACAGGGUGUUAAAACAAAUUGGAUAAUGCAGGAAUUUGGGUUCUCUGAUUCUUCUUCAUCAAGAAGAAGAAGUUCAAAGAUGGAAUAUAGUACAUGGGUGGUGUGUCGAGUGCAACAAUAUAACAACAAUAACGACGACGAUGAUAGUACAGAACUUUCAUGCUUGGAUGAAGUUUUCUUGUCGUUUGAUGAUCUCGACGAGAUUAGUUUGCCAAAAUAGAUACAAGAAAGUAGGGUCCAAAAUGGCAUACCCUUAAUGUAGAAUGUUUUAAAUAUGUCAAUCUUAGAAAAACAAAAAAAAACGUUGUAAUCAGUUCAUUAAAUGUAAUCUCUUCAAUGCAAAUCUAUGUUAUAUGUCUAUCAA